GCACAGGGCGUGGCGCGCUGACGUCAGCGCUCAUUUGCAUGGCCCCGCCCCCGGACGCGGUCAGCGCUGGCGCCGCAGGAAAAGUUUGCGGCGGGGCCGGGCCGGGAUGGACGCGCUCAAGUCCGCGGGCCGGGCCCUGCUGAGGAGCCCCAGCGUGCACAAACCGUCCUGGGCCGGCGGGCGGCACAAGAAGCUGCCUGAGAACUGGACAGACACGAGGGAGACGCUGCUGGAGGGGAUGCUCUUCAGCCUCAAGUACCUGGGCAUGACCCUGGUGGAGCAGCCCAAGGGAGAGGAGCUCUCUGCAGCCGCUGUCAAAAGGAUCGUGGCCACCGCCAAGGCCAGUGGGAAGAAGCUGCAGAAGGUGACGCUGAAGGUGUCGCCGCGGGGGAUUGUGCUCAGGGACGGCAGGAGCAGCGAGCUCAUCGAGAACAUCUCCAUCUACAGGAUCUCGUACUGCACCGCAGACAGGGCCCACGACAAAGUGUUCGCCUACAUCGCGCAGAGCCAGCACAGCGAGAGCCUCGAGUGCCACGCCUUCCUGUGCCCCAAGAGGAAAAUGGCCCAGGCUGUCACCCUGACCGUGGCCCAGGCUUUCAGGCUGGCCUUUGAGUUCUGGCAGGCAGCAAAGGAAGAGAAGGAGAAGAGGGAAAGGUCCAUCCUGGCAGCAGAAGGGACGAGCAGCCCCAGCUCAGGAGCUCCUGCCCACCCUGGCACAGCAGCCCUGGGGAAGCUGCUGGACCUGGAGGAGCCGGGCAGGGCCCCCCUGGGCAGCAGCCCCGAGCCCCCAGCGCUGGACAACAGCAGCUUUGGGCCCAGCAAUGCCUCUGUCAACAACAACCUGGAGUGGGAGAUGGAUGAUGGUCUGGACGAGGCGUUCUCAAGGCUGGCGCAGUCCAGGACCAAUCCCCAGGAGCUGGACACGGGGCUGUCGGCGCAGGAGGCUGCGGAGGCUCUGUCCCCCCUGCACUGGGGCCAGCUGGAGCCCAGCCCGGCUGAGCAGGACGAUCUCUUCAUGUUCUGAGGGCCCCCAACCCUCCCCGAGCCCCUCUGGGACCCUCCAGGGCUCCCUCACUGCCGGGUGCCACAGCCCAGCUCAGACCAAAGCUUCAGAAACCCAGCGUGGAGUUUUGUACCUUGCUCUUACCCAAACCACAGGAUGCUCUUGGACCGAUUUACUCACAGUUUACAAGAGGUGUGGGGCUGCUCCUCCUGCAGGCACCACCACAAGGCUCUGUGGGUGCAGACACAGCUGUGGGUGUCACCAAUGCACCCAGCCUGGGGUGCAGACACAGCUCUGGGUGUCACCAAGGGUGGCACAGCACAGCACCCGCGUGGCCAGGGAGGAUCUGCAGCAGCUGCUGGCACUGUGACAGCACAGCAGUCACAGAGGGAGCAGAGCUGGUGCGUUGUGCCUGUGGCACUCUCACAGCUCUCACUCACCCCAGCGGCUCCCAGCUCCUGUUUAACCCAAAGACUUUUGUAACUCAAAGAAGUUUUGCACUUUAACGCUUGGACUGAAAGCAGCGCUCGGAGUGUCAGGGUGGGCAGUGCCUGGAGCUCUCCUCAGAAGCUUCUCACCCAAAAAGAGCCCCCCUGGCAGUGCUGCAGCUCUGGCUCCAGGCUGGCUCCAGGCCCCAAACUCCAAAGUUGGCUUUAACAGCAAAACCAGCAGGGAGCAAAGGUUUGGUUUUGGAUUCUGCUGGGAAGGGCAGCAUGAGCACAGCUCCACGUUCCCAGCUGGGCCCUGCAGGUUUGCCUGGCCAGGACUCCUCCUGCCCCAAAGCCCAGGGGUUGGGAUGGGAUGGGAUGGGAUGGGAUGGGAUGGGGUCAGGUCAGGCAGCAGCUCCUGGUGCCCAGUGGUGCUCCCACCCCUGUCCCUGACAGCUCCAGGGGCCUCAGGAAGCUCCAUCUACCCCUGGGGCUUGAACCAGCCAUGGAGGCACAGCUUGUGCUAACUCAAGAUUGGGUUUAACCAUCCCAAACAGCCUCACUGACACCUCUCAGUGUUUGUGGCCUUACGUGAAGUGUACUAAUCUGUUUUAUAGAUUUGUAACUCGGGUUUGAAGCACUAAUUCAUUCCCCUGAUAGCUCUUUAGAACUCCCUCAGAACUGCUCACAGGAAGGAAGGAAAACCCUCUGAGUCAGCUGCAAGGGUUCAUUAGGGAGCAGCUGAGUGGCUCUGCCUUAGGUUGGAGAUGAUUUUCCCCCAAAGUGUGAGUGUGGGAAGGUGUUGGGGGUCUCUCUGAUGGAACCUGUGCUCUGUGGGCUCUGCAGGGAGCAGCUCAGAGCAGUUCCAGGUCCUGGCAGGGCUGUGCCCAUGGGUGCCUCAGUUCUGGGGGCAGCAGCUCUGCCCAGGACCCUGGGAUGGGUGAGGAGCACAUCCUGCUUUCCCAAGAACCUGGGAUGGAGGGUGAGGAACUCAUCCUGAUCCCCUGGGAUGGGUGAGGAACACAUCCU